AUGAAGACUCCACCUUUGGUAUUGAAUCAGUGUAGUAUGGUACUGUCAAGGAUGAACAUCCCAUUCCAAUUCGAGAAGAACAUUUACUGGAGGAGAUUAUCACGAUCACUGCCGCAGAUUGCAGUGGAGGGCACAAUAGAGUUGGCCUCCCUUAUCGUCGACGCCGUAUCAGAGUUGGUCCGAGGAAGGAACGGGAAGUUGCGAGGUCGCCGACUCGGUGAAUUGAAUGGUCAAUGGUCCCUAGCAAGAAGGAAUUACCCCACAUCCGGCGGCGGUGGGAAGGUCAGUUGA